AUGUUCAGUGGCAGAGCAGACGCCUGGCCAGCUUUGAAAUCGAGCAGGACAUGUUGUUUCUCCCCCGCACUGGUGUACUUUACACUGGAGAAAUUUAACGGAUUAACGCCGCGCGGCCAUCUAGAGACCGUGGUCAUCGCCGAUCUGACGAGGCUCUCACCCAUCGAGAUCGCCCCGACGCGAACGUUGACUAAGAGAGCUCUGGCGUCCGGUCAGAUGACGGCGGGCUCUGCGGGGAUUUCCGGGGCUGCGGAAUCGACUGCGGCCUUGCACGCUCAUUUCUAUUCUAAGCAAGAAUCAGCCGGCCUAGGGCUGACGCCAGCGCCCACAAAAGGCAAACGUCUUUCAGCUGGAGCCUGGAGGCGACAGCUUCAAGUCCGGAUCGGUGCUGCAGCCAAGGACGCCACAAACUAUUGGCCAUCCAAGGCCUCGAGGCUAUGCACCCAGGUCUACGGAGUUCUCAACGCCAUGCUGCUGCCGGACCCAAUAGCUUAUCCGGUUCUUUGUUGGAUUAUUGCCCGUACAGUCUGCAUUCGCAAAUUCUCUCAUCAAAAACUCUCUUCGAGGUACACAAAUACGGCGCGUGACGGCCUAACUAUGGAGAAACCAGCCCAACCCAUAGACAAGAUGUAUUCCCAGAAACGGCACAGCGGAACAUCCCGCUGUCAAGCCUUGCGGUUACAACCCUGCGAUUGCUGCCAGAGGCACUAG